AAGAAGGGUCCUUUCCCCUCAAGAGCCGCCGCCACCGGCUUCCUGCUCGCUGGCGAGGCUGCACGCGCGGAGGGCGCCGUCAUGUAUUACAAGUUCAGCGGCUUCACGCAGAGGCUGGUCGGGGCCGGGGCUUCCGCGGCCUACACCCCGCAGGGACUCAAGCCAGUUCUCUCUGUGGAAUCACCGCCUCUCAUCUUUGGAACACCAACAAAAAUAGCUUCAGAAGCACCACCAAAGGUUGAGUUUUUUUUGAAAAACAAGGUGCCAGAACUACAGAAGUUCUUUCAGAAACCUGACGGCGUGCCAGUGCAUCUGAAACGGGGCCUUCCUGAUCAGCUUCUUUACCGGACCACAAUGGCGCUAACAAUAGGAGGGACUAUCUACUGUCUAAUAGCACUUUACAUGGCUGCCCAGCCAAAAAGACAGAAUUGAAUUUCUGGGCAUAUCUUCUAGACGGGGGGUUGGCAUUUAACCUUCCACUGUUCCACUUCAGUUAUGUGACUGUAGCAAAUUCUUGAGAUUCCAUAUUGAGACUAAGGAAGCUUUCAGGAAAGCAAUGGCCUUCCAACCCAUAGGAAGAUAAGAGCAAAAUUAGUGCUGGAUGGUGGGGAAAACUCAGUUUCCAGCACCGUUCUAUGUUUUUUGCACCCUUAACUAGAAUUAUGAUAUACUGAGAAUGGCCAGUCCACUCAGAAACUUCAAUUUCAAAGAGCAAGGCAUAAACAGGUUGAUGAUGGGAACUGAAAAAGACAUUAUGUUGAUUUAUGCCUUGAUGUCACUCUCCAGCUCACCAGGAAGAAGGGCAAAAAGUUGACAGUGAAGCAAAACAAGAAUCUUGGCUUAAUCCAAAAUGGAAAACAAAUCAUUUAUCUUGACACAUUUCAUAAGAAUCAGUGGUUGGGCUCCAUUGCAAAUUCUGUUGAAUGACUUUGUAGAAUUUUCUUCUUGCCAAUAAGUGAAUAACAUUCUUGCUCUUGAAAUAUGCUCACUUUGUUAAUGCCACGUCUCUGAGCACAUGUCUUGGGAGUACAGUGUUGCAGUGAAGACAGGUAUUGUGCGGCAGCACUAAAUUUGGCGUCUUUCCCUGAUCCAGUCUCUCUGUAAUGAAGUUUGUUUAAAGAUUGAAAUAAAUACUUUGCUGUUUCAGA